AUGGUCAUGACCCCUACUGCAACACAGACAGCAGCCACCGUAGACCAGGAUGACGUUCACUACGCCAGCGUCCACUUCUCUCGCUCAAAAAACCAGGAAGUGCCUCUGUACUCCACCGUCCAGCUGCCCCAACCCCAGAAAGAGGACGAGAAUGUCCAGUACGCUGCUGUGAAAAUCAAACUCCCCAAUCUAAAGGUGGAUGAGAAAUGGACAUAUUACAAGACGCUGACCUGUAGCACCACCUGUACUCUGACUGGUAACCCCACCUACAUCUGGUACAAGAACGGACAAUAUCUAGCUGAGAGCACCUACAAGGUCAAAUAUUCAGUCUCCAGUGAGGAUGCAGGCAGCUACUCCUGUGCUGUAAAAGGCCAUGAGGAUCUCCGCUCUCCUGCAGUCUGUGUUCGUGAUAAGAACUGCUGGAGUGUGACUUACACCAACAGAAGAAUCUGUGUCUUAAAGAACUCCACAGUGGACAUAUCCUGCUCUUACACUCAUCCCAGUAGUUAUAUAGAAGAAGGUUCAUUCUGGUUUACACAAAAAGACCCUGUAGAUCUCAGUUCAUACUCAGAGUAUGCAGGUCGUGUGAGGUACAACAGGAACACAGAGAAUCACCACACCAUGAUAAUCACAGACCUGACAGAGAAUGACUCGGCUGAAUACAAAUUCAGAUUACUAACAACAGAUGAGGGGAGAUUUUCUGGAAUUCCUGGUGUGAUCUUGACUGUCACAGGUAUCCUGUUAGAGAUGGAUCCUACUUCUGUGUCAGAGAGGGAGAGAGUCACACUGAGAUGUAGAACCAAAUGUCCAGUCGGUCUCAACCCCACCUACAUCUGGUACAAGAACGGACAACGGCUGACCAACCCAAUCACCAGUUAUAACAGCCUGAUCCUAGACCCAGUCUGCAGUGAGGAUGCAGGGAACUACUCAUGUGCUGUAAAAGGCUUUGAGAGAAUCCUUUCUCCAGAAGAGACUCUCACUGUCAGAUAUGGCCCAAAAAGCACCUCAGUGUCAGUCAGUCCCUCUGGUGAAAUAGUGGAGGGCAGUUCAGUGACUCUGACCUGCAGCAGUGAUUCCAACCCACCUGUGGACAAAUACACCUGGUACAAGAAGAAUGGAGUCUACUAUCCAUCAACCACCUAUAUGACUGCAGGACCACAUCUUGUCUUCAAUCAAAUCAAGUCAUCAGUCACGGGACAGUACUACUGUGAGGUCUAUAAUGGGAUUAAGACAGGGAGGUCUGAGUAUAUCAACGUCAAUGUGAAAUACGCUCCGAAGAACACCUCAGUGUUAGUCAGUCCCUCUGGUGGAAUAGUGGAGGGCAGUUCAGUGACUCUGACCUGCAGCAGUGAUGCCAACCCACCUGUGGACAAAUACACCUGGUACAAGAAGAACGUAACCUCACCAAAAGCAUCAGGACAGAGUUACAGCAUCACUAACAUCAGCUCUGAGGACAGUGGAGAAUACUACUGUGAGGCCCGGAAUAAAAUAGCAUCUAAGAACUCUACAGCUCAGAUGAUCAUUGUAGCAGGGAAACAAACCUCAGUAAUGACUGCAGCUGUAGGAAUCAUAGUGGUUGUUCUGGUUCUCAUCCUCUGUCUCUCUGGACUCAUGUGGUUCAGGAAGAAGGCCUCCAAAUCCACCUCUGACACAAGAGACCCAAGUGAUAUAGCAGACGAUGGACAGGGAGACUCUAGUCCAGUGUAUGACAACAUCUCAAGCAUGGCCAUGACCCUUACUGCAACACAGACAGCAGCCACCGUAGACCAGGAUGAUGUUCACUACGACAGCGUUCACUUCUCUCGCUCCAAAAACCAGGAAGUGUCUCUGUACUCAACCGUCCAGAAACAGAAACAAGACGAAGAUGUCCAAUACUCUGUUGUGAAAUUGAUUCGCCCCAGUUCUGCCACCAAGUGA